GUAACAGUCAAAUUAGUCUCUUGAAGUUCAUAUGAUGUAGAAGGUUUGUUUAAAAAAUUGCUGUGGUUAGUUCCUAGUAAAUAAAAUUCGUGAAGCAUUAUUUAUUUUUGUGUUGAGAAUAUUGUUUAUAUAUCUUUCGACAAUAGCAGUGGAUUUCCAGUGUCCAUGUUGUUUUACUUGAAGAAUGUCUCUACCCGAAUCAACUAGAAGCGAUACCGAAGUACAUCGAAAGCCUGAGUGGGAUUUCAGCCCACGACCGGCGAAUGCAGAGGUUGACACCUAAGCUCGUUGGCUAACGAACCCAAUUAAAUUAGUGUGAUAUACUAACAGUAAUAACCCACAAAAGAGAGUUAGAAACAAACAAAACCCACAUACAGGUGAAGCUAAUAAAAGCAUCUUUAAUAAACUAGUGAUUUAAUUAUUGUAUAAUUCUGAGGAACUACUCAACAAAAGCUGUUAUGAAUAAUUUUUCAAUACUUGUCAUAUUUAUUUAGAAUAAACAUUGGAUUUUUCGUAAUUACUGUACUUGAAACUUUUGACAAUGCUCGAAAAUAUUUUGUUAUUAUAUGUUAGAUUAUUAUGACAGAUAUUUUACUUCCACCUGUUGUCCAGGAUUUCCAGAUUUUUAUACGGAGUAAGAGCUUAGUAUAAACAGAAGAAAAAAUAUGCCAUAAUUAGGCAAAAUGUAUCAAAUAUGUUCUAAACAACAAAAGGAGUUAAGUCAAGAUGUAUACUAUCCCCAUUAUCAAUUACCAUAAUGCUAUAUGAAGGAAUAAAAAGAACAUAAAGACAAAUACAACAGUAAACAGUUAAACACUGGAAGAUGAAAGACAUUAGAAUAUGCAGAUGACAUAGUAAUAAUGGUAGAAGAUGAGAACACCUUGAGCUAAAACUUAAAAAUAUACAGCAACAGUCUAUAAAUGAUGAAUAUAACAAUAAACGAGCACAACACUAAAACAAUAAUAACAAGCUGAAAGGAGAAAACAUAUUAGAUAGAAGAAUCAAGAUAGAGCAGGUCAAAAGCUUUUAAUACUUUGGCAUGACACUAACACAAGAUAGAAGACUGGAACAAGAGAUAAAUGAAAUAAUUGAAGCAACAGGAAGUUUAUUCAACGCAAAUAAAACAUAGUAAUUUCCAGCCAAAAAGGAAACACUAAAACGAAUAAAAACAAAAAUAUAUGAAAAAGUAGCGAAUGGGACAAGAACAAUUAAUACGGAGGAAAUAUGAAACAUGAUAUUAGAUAAAAAAGAAAGGGUCAUGGAGGAGGAGUUGGAUAGAAAAAAAAAUAAAGAUGGCGGGAGAAAACCGAUGAAUAAGAUGGCAGGAAAAGAAACAAAUGACACAAAUAUUUAAGAAAGAAUCACAAAAUUCACAGUUUCAUUCAUUUUAUUGAAUUUACAACAGUAAAAAAUUUUGAUAAGCCCUUCUCAAUAAAUAUAAUAUAAAUAAUAACUUAAUUUCAAUCGUAUUGGGUGCCAACAAAAUUAAGGCAGUGGAAGAAACCUGAGUAAUUUCAUUAAAAUAAAAUAAAUUAAAAUAACAAGUUAUGUGCUCAUUUUACUGGAGAGUGUAUGGUGAUAAUUUAUUUUUUUUAUUUAUAUUGCUUUUUUUCCAAAUUAGUAUGAUGAUAAUUUUUAGAAUGACACCUUUGAUAGUUCAUUUUAUUUUUAUACAAAAUAGAGUCAUAUUAGACUGUUAAACAACAACUAAAAUAUAUAUUUAAAUAAUUAACGGCUAGUUUACAAAUAAGUAGGUUAUGUGUCAACGAGGUUUAUUUGAUAACAUUUAUAUUCAAACAGUGAUUGCUGUUAUAUAUAGCCUAGACUCAAGUAUAAUCUAACUAUACUAUAAUUUUUUAUCAUAAAGGUCAAAGUUUAGAUGAAAUUAAUAACAAUUAUCAUUGCUCUUUCUUAUUUCAACAAUGAAUUGCCAAGUGGUAUGGAUAGUUAGUGUUUUUAUUAUUGUACCCAGUGAAGGGAAGUAUUUAUUUAAAACUAACUAUAUUGAUGUACCUCUGGAUCAUUUCAGCUACACUUCAAAUGCGAUAUUCAAGUUAAGAUAUUUGAUUAAUGAUACGUAUCUUAAAAUAGGAGGCCCAAUAUUCUUUUAUACGGGAAAUGAGGGAGAUAUCACCAAUUUUGCACAAAACACAGGAUUUAUGUUUGACAUUGCACCGCAAUUCAAUGCACUAUUGGUAUUUGCAGAGCACAGGUACUACGGACAAUCUCUACCGUUUGGGAAUGAAUCUUAUUCAACGCUUGAAAAUUUAGGAUAUUUAUCAUCACAACAAGCACUGGCAGAUUACGUUUAUUUAAUAGAACAGUUGCAGAAAGACUAUAUUAAUUCAAAAAGUUUUAAACCACUUCCUGUAAUCGCAUUUGGCGGCUCUUAUGGCGGUAUGCUGGCAGCUUGGAUAAGGAUGAGAUAUCCAAGUUCUGUGUUAGGAUCAAUUGCCAGCUCAGCACCUAUUUGGCAGUUUAAUGGACUGACACCGUGUGAAAAUUUCAAUAGAAUUACUACUACAGUUUACACCAGCUAUGGUACUGAUAAAUGUACCAAUACUAUCAAAAAAGUUUGGGCCACUGUAAGAAACUUUGCAGCAACUCCAACUGGUAAAACAAAUAUAUCGUCUUUAUGGAAAUUAUGUACACCAAUAUCUACAGACAAGUCGGUCGAAAGCCUGAUUGAAUGGGUGGCUGAAAUUUUAGUGAAUAUGGCCAUGGCUAACUAUCCAUAUGCAAAUAAUUUUUUGACUGAUUUGCCCGCCUAUCCAAUUUUGGAAUUUUGCAGAAAGCUGAACAAUCAAACAUGGAAGGAUGAUGUUGGAUAUCUUACAGCUAUUGGGGAAUCAUUACAGAUUUAUACAAAUUAUACAGGAAAAACAAAAUGUAACAGUAUAAAUAAAACUUCUACGAAUUUAGGUGAAAAUGGAUGGUUCUUCCAGAGCUGCACUGAUAUGAUAAUGCCAAUGUGCUCUACAGAUCUAGACAUGUUUGAGAACGAAUCCUGGGAUUUUCAAAAAUAUUCAGAUGAUUGUUAUAAGCAAUUCAAAAUUAGACCGAGAGACCCAAACGUGCCAAUACGUGAAUAUGGUGGAAAGGAAAUUGGAGCUGCUUCUAACAUAAUAUUUAGCAAUGGACUUUUAGACCCAUGGUCAAGUGGAGGUGUUCUAAGAAAUAUUAAUGAUGAUGUUAGGGCAGUUUUCAUACCCGAUGGAGCUCAUCAUUAUGAUCUGAGAGGAAAAAACGAUAAUGACACAGGGGACGUGAAAGACGUAAGAAGAUAUCAUAUCCAUAAAAUUGAGGAAUGGAUUCAGAAAUAUUAUAAUAGACCUCAUGUUGAUAUUGUAAGAAGAAACCAUAAUUAAAUGUAAUAAAAUAAUAUUAUCAGUUUGAUAGCAGCCCAGUCCAUAAAUUCAGAUUCAAAAGUAGAUUUUAGCCAUUAGCUGACAUUAUAUGAGAAAGUUUAACUAUCAAUUUAGAAAAGAUAACAUGGAUUCAUUAGCUCUACAAAUGUUUUUGGAUGUAUUCUCAAAAAUAUCUAAUUGCUUGCACACU